UGGCGCUUCCAUCUCGAUGCAGAGUCCGAGAUAACCACUUUGGCAGCCUGGCGUCAGAUCCAGCAACUGCAGAGGGAACCCCUGUCUUCAACCAAGGAUGGCGAAGACGAUCUCGAUGAGUCCAUUGACGAUGAAGAGUGUACCAAUCUUCUCGCCCCAGCAUCCCUGGAUGGCGAUGCCAGAAUUAAAAAAGGCUUUCUCGACCGACUUGCGGAGCUCCUCUGCCACAGCAAAGAGCCUUCACUGAUCACUAGCACGGCGUUACUUUACAAUGACGAGGAGGUGACUAUCGUAGCUGCUCGGAACUCACCUACGAACGGGAAAACUUGGUCAGACAAGGACGUCAUGAUGCUCGAAUACUUGGCCGCACUCCUCGAGCGAAUUUCUUCUGACGAUAUUUUCGAGUCAGACCCGCUCCCGGCGCUCCGGAGCAUCUUGGUGGAAUAUUAUAGCCAAAGAAUUCGGCACCACGCCAAAGAAGCAAUGUCUAUCGAGGGAGGAAAGACGGGAUUGAACUUCUUCAAAGACGACGACGGGUGUGGUGGAGUUGCUUCCGGCCAACAGGCUGUUUCUCAGUUUGCUAAUCAUGUCGAGCACCUAUCGCAUGACACAGACUUCUACGCCAAACUAAAGGCCAACCUGACACCAAAGAAGCUUCGUCGUGUCGUGGAAGAAUUGGCGUUUAUCCGCAGGCCGAUGCGAGGCGCACAGGCGUUUGUUCAUGUAGCUCAGCAAUGCUCUGGUUUUCGUAACAUCAAGAUUACCUUGUUGGAUAGUCUUCCACCAAGGAAGGUUGAGCAAUGGCACUUGUCUGAGGAAGAGUUUCCGGCCGCAACACGCCUAGAGCCCAGAUUUGGCAAAUUAUUCAGUAAACGCAAGCACGUCCAUGCUGAGAUGAUGCUGAUGGCAUAUCUUAGUUCUGGGAUCCCUAGGACAGAUGUUUUCCCUUAUCUCGGGAUCAGCAAGAAGACAUGCCUUCUCUGCGGUCAUAUGCUUCGGGAAAUGGGCUAUUUUGAAACUCGAGGAAAUCAUGGGAAGUGUUACUCUCAAUGGACACUCCCCUCUGUACUCUGGAUCAACUCGGAGGACGCCAAGAAAUUGAGCAAAGCUGUUCAAUGUAUAAGGGAUAGUCUUCGGAGUAUGGAUGAAGCGUCUCACAGUGAUGCAGAGAAGGAAUCAAUGAUUGCAGCCGCAGUUCCGCCCGCUUAUGCAAGGACGCAGACCAUCUUUAAUAGCGUGGUUGAGGAUCCAAGACUUCUAGCGAGGGAGGCAGAGUGGUUUACCAUGUCUCACAAGCGCAACAUAGAAGCCAAGUACAUCAGCAUUGUCACCUCCGAAGCUACAUGGGAUAUCACAGAUAUGCCGAGGGUUAUUGCCAGAGGUCCCAAAAGCGAGGACGCUACUCCAGCCGCCUGCGGCUUCUGCAAGAAAAGCUUGGAACUCGCCCAUAGUUGUAAGAAGUGUGGGGUUGCCACCUACUGUGACCUUGAUUGCCACAGCUCUGACUGGUAUCGACACAAAUUUUCCUGCCGCUUAGGAAGACCGACAGAUCCUACGGACUAUUUAGUUCUUGCUUGUCACACGAACCAAUUUCCCCAGGAAGAUGAUGUGAUCAAGCAAUAUGGCUUUUUGUGCUUCACCUCCGGAUAUUGUCGAUGGAGGCUCUUUGAGCUUUACCGCCGGCUGAUAACAGAGUGGAAGGUUGACGAGGAAGAGCUGCGAAGCGCGGUGGAACUGAACAGGCUGAAGGAGAUGCUUACGAUCCGAUGCUCUCAAACCGGAGAUCCAGCCAUGCUGAGCGAUAUGAAGUGGCUAGAGAGCAACGAGGUAUUCAGAGCUAACGGCAAAGGACCGGGAACUACCGCUCGCUUCGAUGCGGCUCGAAAACAAUUCUUAAGUCCUGAGGAUAGAAAACUACCGCUCGUUGAACUUCAGCCUCCUGAAAAGCGACAAGCCCUCAUCUUCUACGCCCAGAUCUGCAAUGGAUUCAUGCCGGAUGUGAGUGAGGACCUCUGGAUCUCAUUGGGGUUUUGCACGGCGGCCGAUCCUGACUCGGAACAGCGACUUGCUUCCGCAUAUGGGUUGCUUGUCGAGCGAUGCUCGUUCGACGAGUUCUGGAAUGCCAUGUCAGAGUCUAGAAUAGUGGAAUUGUUUGGCAAAUAUGGGCUUGCGGACCAAAUCUCGAAUAUGCGCAACUUUAAAAUCUUAAUGGCCAUGGUACUUAGACGGCAUCAAAGUGUGUGGGAACUUAAGCGAUUCACACGUAUGAACGUGGCUGAUCCGUUCCGGGCGGUAAUCGUGGAUUACGGAUUCAUGAAUUGCGAAGAUGUACGCCAUCGGAUUCAGCUUCGAGAAAUGUACCGGGAGUACUUUGAACGGGGCGAGGACGAGAUGAGGCUUCACGAGGCAUGUGUUGCCGGGGAGUUGGCCAACUUCCUUGAAUCGAUCUUUGGCAGCCUUGGAGUGCCUCCCCAUCUUCUUUCAAAUCCUUAUCCGUUGGAAAAUUGUCCUUUGAUGGGCAUGGUGACGAAACAUGUCAUCAUGUGUCCUGAGUCUGCGUUGGAUCAGGUUAGAACUCUGAAGGGCAGUGCCAUGGAGGGAGCAGAGAUUCUUACUAUUCCAGACGCCGACGACGCAGCGAUGACAAGGCUUAUCCAUGAGAAAGCUGCAUUUCUCGGGAAA